AGCACGGCGGGCGGCGACGAAAUCGCGAAGGUUCCAGAGGCGCCGCGUGCGGAAGGCGGGCCGCGAUCUGGCGCAGGGUCGGCUGUAGGCGCGGGUUGCGGGCACUGCCACGGGUGGCGGGGCGGUCCGCGCCGGCGGUGGGCGCGUUCGCGGCGGCGUUUCCUGUUCUAGUCACUGCGCGGCUGCCGCUCGGGCCUUGCCGGAUUCGACCCGACCAUGGCCUCAGCCUUGGAAGAGCUACAGAAAGAUCUAGAAGAAGUAAAGGUGCUGCUGGAAAAGACCACUAGAAAAAGAAUACGAGAUGCCCUUACAGCUGAAAAAUCCAAGAUUGAGACAGAAAUCAAGAACAAGAUGCAGCAGAAGUCACAGAGCAAAGCAGAACUUCAUGACAAUGAAAAACCAGCUGCCAUGGUUGCUCCCAUCACCACAGGAUAUACAGUGAAAAUCAGUAAUUAUGGAUGGGAUCAAUCUGAUAAGUUUGUGAAGAUCUACAUUACCUUAACUGGAGUUCAUCAAGUGGCCCCUGAGAAUGUGCAGGUGCACUUCACAGAGAGGUCAUUUGAUCUUUUGGUAAAGAAUCUAAAUGGGAAGAGUUACUCCAUGGUUGUGAACAAUCUCUUGAAACCCAUUUCUGUGGAAGGCAGUUCAAAAAAAGUCAAGACUGAUACAGUUCUGAUUCUGUGUAGAAAGAAGGCAGAAAACACACGGUGGGACUACCUGACUCAGGUUGAAAAAGAAUGCAAAGAGAAAGAAAAGCCCUCCUAUGACACUGAAACAGAUCCUAGUGAAGGAUUGAUGAAUGUUCUAAAGAAAAUCUAUGAAGAUGGAGAUGAUGAUAUGAAACGAACCAUUAAUAAAGCCUGGGUGGAAUCAAGAGAGAAGCAAGCCAAAGGAGACUCAGAAUUUUGAGAUUUUGAAGUCCUUUUGGGAACUGUGAUGUGGAAAUACUGAUGUUUCCACUUAGGAAAUGUUGGUGAGCUGCACAGAUGAUUUGACAGUAACUAUUUACAUAGCCUUCUAAGUAAAGGCAGUGCAUUCUCCAUUACCUACUGGAGGAUUUAUUUAAAUAAAAUAUGCUUAUUACACACUUCCUCCAAAUAUCGUUUCCUCAGUACCUGUUCAUUUUAAGAAAGGAUCAAUAUUGCACUCUGGUCUGAAAUGCAAAAAGCAAAUCUUGCCUAAUGAAAAUGCUACAGUGUGUGUAUUUUUGUUCAGCUAAGUGGUAGAAAACAAGUUUUUCCUUGCCUUGAAGUUCCUGACAUCAGCUCCCACCAAUGUAAGAAUAAUAAAACUAAACCCUGAAUUUUGUAUAAAAUGCAAAUUAGUACCCGUGCUUCAAGAAUGCUGUACAGCAGUGGAUCUCUUUUCUGUUAGCUUAAAUAGUGCAUAUGUCAUAUCCUAAUAAUGCAGUCAUACAUGUUUCUCCCCAUUAAUAUAUUUGGUCAUGAGUAAGUUGAAACUAAGUCAAAACUUGACCAUAGAUAAAACUAUCUGCAUAGUAUCAAUUAUUAAGUUUUGCCAUGGAUCAAAUGGACUUUCAAGAAUAAUAAGCAUAAAGCAGAGAUAUAUGUAAAAAAGCUUAUCUAAUCCUGUGUUCAAUAAACUUAGAUUUUUAUUCAGUGGA